UAAGCCAGUCCGAGCAGCGUCGGUGGUACCAGUGCCAUGCUUUCCAUUGGUUCCUGUUUACAUGAUGCCCACAGGACACGCGGUGAUUGGUGGCUCCUCACACGUGACCAGGCAACUUUGUACAUUUGACAGGGAGUAGGAGGGUUUUGUGGAGAUCAGAAAAACGACAGCGCGAUAAAAAUUAGUAUUGUUGCACUUCACAAAUUAAUGACCAUGAGUUCCUACUUGAUAAACUCCAACUAUAUCGAGCCUUCCUUUCCUCCAUGCGACGAAUAUCAGCAGAGCGGAUACAUCCCCAACCCUGGAGAUUACUACGAGCGGCCAAAAGAUACGGGCUUCCCCCAUCACGACGAGCCAUCCUAUCCGAGGUCAAACUACACGGAAUCGGGAUACGAUUACGGUAACGUCCCCGCCACCGGACUCGACGAUUUCGGCGACGGGCACCACGCACAGCCGCAGCCGGUUCCACAAAGCCACGGUCCUCGCCUCACCGCGGCCCCAGACGGUGGCGCAGGGGCAAAUGCCAGCAAAGACUGCAGCCUCGCCGGUGAGGUUUAUCCCGGCGUAGCGAAGGGCAAGGAGCCGGUGGUCUAUCCCUGGAUGAAAAAGGUCCACGUUAACACCGUCAAUGCCAGUUACAAUGGAGGAGUGCCCAAGAGGUCCCGCACUGCCUACACCCGCCAGCAGGCUCUGGAGCUGGAGAAGGAGUUCCACUUCAACCGGUACCUGACUCGGCGCAGGCGGGUGGAGAUUGCGCACACCAUGUGUCUGUCCGAGCGCCAAGUCAAGAUCUGGUUUCAGAACCGGAGGAUGAAGUGGAAAAAGGAGCACAAGCUGCCCAACACCAAGAUCCGCUCCUCCAGCUCGGCCUCGUCCUCAGCCUCGGGGGCCCAGCAGCAGCAGCAGCAGAUCAAAACAGGCCAGCAGCUCGUCCCCACGCCGUGCACUGCAGGUCUAUAGUGCAUGAACGAACCCCUUCCACCCCCCAAAAAACCCAAUCCAGACUGAGAUGGCGAAUAACACAAGUGGAAUUUGAUGGACCGAUUCUCAGUAUUUUACACACAUGGUGUUAUCGCUUUCACCUUGCCACUGCCAUUGGGCCCCUGUCACGUCCUUUGUGCCCUUUCCCUCUCCGGUCGCCCUCUUCAUAUAAGCUUGAAAUUCAACUUUAAUUGCCACGGUGGCAACUGAAGUGUUUAUAUAUUUGUUUAUUAUUAUGAAAGAAGGAUAACGCACAUUCAAACGUAGGACUUGGAGCAAAAUGUAUCAUUUCAGUUAAAAUUGAGUGAGGUGAAAGUAAGUUUGAACUCAUUUUUUUCUAUGUUCUCUUUGAUUAUUGUUUUUUUUCUAUUAUUGCUCAUGGAAAGUUCUAAUAUACUUGAAAGAUAUUUAGCGAGACUCUAUAGAUGCCUGCUAGUAAACCAGACGGCUGUUAGAGAUAUGGCAUCAGAGUAGCAGUAUAGUUUGUGUGUUUGAGUGGGUUGGUUCACUGUUGAAUGUAGUCCAGGUGACUUUCACUUCUAAUGUACAUAGACAAAUCAUAACGAAGGCACAAUAAGGAAAGCGUUUCGUCGAGUAAGAUUCUGUUCGUUGGUGUUGUACGGUCUAGUUUUAUUUGUGCUAGUGCGUCCUAUGUUGUGCUGUGUUCUAAACUGUGAAUAUUUGUAUGUGUUGUCUCAGUAAUGACCGUUGUGAUGUAGGCUAGUGUAGGAUAAACUUGUCCUUGUGAAAUAAAUAUGUACUUCACUUAUAA